UUCCACUAGCACCCUCCCCGCCCCCCUCGACGACGACGACGCUCGCGACACAGUGGGCCUCAUCACAUAACUUUGCGUGGGGCCACAAGUUGGCCUGGGGCGGUCCUGCAAGUAGGAACACGUUUCUCUGUCCGUUGUGCAAGCUACCAGUCACUCCCCUAAAUUAUACAACCUGCAUAUAGGUAGUUUUGUGAUAUAACAGAAAAUCUCCAACCACGCUUUACACUUCCACCGAGGCUGCAGCUGCACACAUCGUCACGCCCAUUAUCCUGCACCAUGCCUGCCGUAAAAGUUCCCGACACCCCAGUGGAAAUCCUUGUGGAUAUCCUAACAAAAGCCAAGGAGUUAGCCAUAGCAAAUGACCAUGUGCCGGAGGAGUUGAAGAGCCAGCUGCAGAAGGCUUUGGACAUCGCCAGCGGCAUGGACGACUACCUGGAGAAAAUGACCACACAGGAGAGUGAACCCCUCGCAGAGCUAUAUGAAAAAACUAUUUCCCAUGACUGGGAUAAAGUGCACAAGGAGGGUAAAACAAUGUUCCGUCUCCCCAAGGAGUGCAUCACCGGACAUGUUGAAGGCCAGACCCUGAAGAUGCUGAUCCACAUGUGUCAAGCAAAGAGGGUUCUAGAGAUCGGGAUGUUCACCGGCUACGGGGCCCUGUCUAUGGCCGAGGGGCUUCCAGAGGACGGCUGCCUGAUGGCCUGUGAGUUAGAGCCAUACCUUAAAGACUUUGCUCAGCCCAUUUUCAACAAGUCUCCACAUGGCAGGAAGAUCACUGUCAAGACUGGAUCUGCCAUGGACACCCUCAAGGAAUUGGCUGAUGCAGGCGAGCAAUUUGACAUGGUCUUCAUUGAUGCUGACAAAGACAAUUACAUCAACUACUACAACUUCAUUCUGGACAACAGUCUGCUGAGACUGCGGGGGGUCAUAUGUGUUGAUAACACCCUGUUCAAAGCCAAAGUUUAUCUCAAAGACGCCACGGAUAGCAACGGACUGGCACUCCGAAAGUUCAACCAGUUUGUUUGUGACGAUCCCCGUGUGGAGCAGGUCAUUCUCCCUCUUAGAGAUGGCAUCAGUGUUAUUCGUCAAGUAUCUGUGGCCUUGAGUUCAGAAACACAGAGUCAAAUAACAGAUGAUGAAGUUUUCCGCGGGGUUAUGGGACGUCCCAUCCUGGAUCGGAUGCGUCUGGAUGGGAAGGUUGCCUACGUGACGGGGGCCGGGCAGGGCAUCGGCCGGGCGUUCGCUCACGCUCUGGGCGAGGCCGGGGCCAAGGUGGCCGUGGUCGACAUGGACCAGAAGAAAGCUGAGGCCGUGGCUGAAGAGCUGCAUCUCAAAGGCCUUAGCGAGCGUAUCAGUGCCAUGAUAAGGUGUUUAAUGUGUCUCUUCCCCCCCGAAUCCUCGCCUCAGGCUGCAGGUCGAGUGAUGUUGAAGCAAGGAUACGGAAAGAUUAUCAACACAGCCUCCAUGGCCAGUCUAAUAGUCCCCCACCCCCAGAAGCAGCUCUCCUACAACACAUCGAAGGCUGGAGUGGUCAAACUGACUCAGACUCUGGGCACUGAAUGGAUCGACAGAGGAGUGCGUGUCAACUGCAUCUCACCGGGGAUUGUUGACACCCCUCUCAUCCACUCGGAGAGUCUGAGGCCUCUGGUGCAGCGCUGGCUGUCAGACAUCCCUGCUGGUAGACUGGCUCUAGUGACAGACCUGCAAGCUGCAGUGGUCUACUUGGCAUGUGACGCCUCCGACUACAUGACAGGGCAUAACUUAGUCAUAGAGGGUGGGCAAAGUCUGUGGUAGAUGAAGAGAUGAAACUUUCCUCUUCACUCUCCUGGGAUGAGUCUCUAAAAAAAGGUGUCAUUCGCACUCCUUAUGAUCUCCUUAUGACUCCCAUCAGAAUGAGUUGAAGUCUUACUUGAUUACUGGUUUAUUGUGUGAUGAGAUAACUAGUAGCUUGUUGUCCUCUUUGAGCCCCCUGUUUGGGAUCAGUGUGCUGUCACGUGGGUUAUGACACCCUUAACUUUCUUUAGAGUAUGAAAAACACUGCAUCAUGUUAAAUUCUAAAAAGAGGUAUAGCAGCUGCCGGUUAUCUUGACACACAAUGACAAUGUGAAGACAGAACAUCUUUUCGAAGUGCUAGAAAGAAAAAAUUGAAACUGUGAAUGUGCCUUCAUACUCCUUCUUUACAUUAUGUUAUACAUCAAAUGCAGUUUAAACACACACAUAAAAGUCAAUGGCUCUAAAUGGUGUCAUAAAUAAUACACUAAAAGAAGGUUUAAAAUGUAUUUUUGGAGUUUUUGAAUACCUAAAUAAACGUGCCUGUGCUCCCUACUAGGAGUGUGAAUACUUUGGUAAGUCACCAUCACAAUAUGAUUUUGUUGCCUUUAGACUCAAAACCGUUCGACAUCUUAAAACUGCUUGAUUCAAAAAGGGAUUUUCAAUUUGAGUACAUAAGGGGGAACAUUAAAGAGACUACUGCAGGUCGCUGUGUGUUAAAAUAGGCAAUGCAGCAAAUCGUGACACGGAAAUGCAAGUAAAGUGUGUAUAACAUAGUUAAGAGUCAACUAAUUGUAACAAUGUACACACAUGGAGGCAAACCUGAGACAAAAGGUCACAUUUCUUAUUAGAAAACAUUUUCCAUAAAAAAAGCAACACGGUUUUGGUAUUUCUCAACUCUCAGUGACUUUAAGAUGAACAAGUUCAAGUAAAUGAUCAAAAUAAAAAUGCUUCCUGUUAGAAAAAAUCCAACAUGAAGGCUAGCUUUGUUUUUAUUUCUCAGAGACUUGCACAUUUAAAAAGAUAAAUGGUUAAAUAAUACACGGUCAAAUCUGGUAUUUGGGUGACGGUCACACAAUACAUUUAGAAAAAUUGAUUAAUAGAAGUUGUGAUUCAAUUCAGAAGCUGAAUUACAAUCAACCUCUAGGCAGCGUUUGCUGCUUGGUAUACAGUUCAUGGUUGUUUACCAGGUGUAAAAAACCCAGGAAGUACCAGAAUGUGUUUACAGAUCACAUUCCCAGCAGUGUAUUCAGUGAGUUGCAUUUUGCACCUUGACUCUGGACUCCCUCUGGUCCCAGACUCUUGUGAACCACAUGCAGGAUUACAGCAUCCCAGUCGUCCUCUCUGCAGCUCUUUCUUGCCAAAUGGUCCUCACGAGUGGUGCUUGUGAGCGCCAUCUUAAUUGCUCCAUUAACUGUUUGUGCGCUGGAAAACAAUACUUAAAAGGAGAGGUCGGCCGAGGACGUGACCCCCAGUCGCUGCAAUUAUACCAAAAGUAGUGCCCAAUUAGCGCCCUUUGCAAUGUGACACUGUUGCUGUUUAUGUGAGCAACUUCAACUUCUCACUGUUAGUGACCGUUUCUCUCUGAUUUACAUAAUUGAGGGAUUGGUCAUUAAUGGGAAUGGCGUGUGAGAGGAUCCCAUUAAGAUAUGGAGUGAGAUCUGAUCAUCUCCUCUGCACUGUGCUAUUUAUCUCCGGCUGCAUUGGCACAUUAGAAAUUAUUGGGAUUCUUAUCCUCGUACUUAAUGGUGAAAUAUCGAAGUCCGCCACAGUGUGUGCAUGCAGGGUCUUGCAGAAUGUGUUCACACAGAAGGCACAUUGUGUUUUUGAGGCUGUUUCCCUGUCCUGCCACUGAGGGGCAGUACGGAGACAGGCAGCUGCAGCACUGACAUUAUGUUACAGCAAGGGGUUAUCACAUUAUUUGCUAUCAUCUAAAGGUAAUAACAGUGAAUUAAAGAUAACAUAAGGACACCUCUCCAAUUUUAGUAAGCAAACAGCUCGGUAUUAUGGACAAUCAAAGACAAUGCUGAAUAAAUACUCAUAUUUUUUCAAUUAAAUGAGGUUAGAUAGUGGACAGUUACAUUUAAAAUGCAUUCAAAAUGUAAUUCUAAUCGUUUUUCAGGAGGAGAUUAGAGCAGCAUUUAAAGUCCAGAGACAAUGAAGUGCAAAUAUGACUCGAGGUGAUAAAUUACAAAAUCCAUUUGCAUCUAUCUUUACCUAAGAUAAAUAGGAUUCCAGUUAACAACUUUAGUGUUUUUCAAUUAUUUUUGUAUAUCCAAGUUGAGGUUGUGAUUAGUUUUGAAAGUGAAAAGUCUCGCAUAAGGAAUGCAAAAAAGUUGUUGAAACCAAAAGCUACUUUCCCUUUAAGUCCUUCUGUUUCCAGCUAUUCACCGUCACCAUUCGGUGUCCAAACUGUUGCUUUGCCGUCAUGUUUUGCACCAUAUUAAACUCUUUCAGAGCCCA